CUCUUCUUGUGUGUUUGGGAUUGGAAGCUUCAUUACACUUUCACAUAUUUUGUUGGUUACUGUGACCCACCCCCGCACAUUUAUCGUACAAAUAUCAUCAUCAACAUUUAACAACCUCAUUGUCAUUCCUAGACCUGGUUCUUCGAGAGAGAGAGAGAGAGAGAGAGAGUAGUGGAUCUCAUCUGAGCGAGAAAAAUAUGGUAAUUGCAGAGGAGAGAGUAGUGGCGGUUAUUAUGGUUGGAGGACCCACCAAAGGUACUCGAUUCCGUCCAUUAUCAUUCAACGUUCCAAAACCACUUUUUCCAUUAGCCGGACAACCCAUGGUUCAUCACCCAAUCUCCUCCGCUUGUCAAAAAAUUCCUAAUUUGGCUAAGAUUUAUCUUAUUGGAUUCUAUGAAGAACGCGAAUUCGCAUUAUAUGUAUCCUCAAUCUCCAACGAACUUAAACUACCUGUUAGGUACUUGAAGGAAGACAAACCACAUGGUUCAGCUGGUGGUCUUUAUAACUUUAAAGAUCUAAUCAUGGAAGAAGAUCCGGUUUUUUAUCUUUACCUAUCAAUUUCUUAUAUGCUUGCUAACUACCUUGUAUUAGUAAUAUGUUCAUGUUCAUGUUCAUGUUCAUGGGGUUCAUCGUAUUUUCUUUUGCAGUCGCAUAUUUUCUUGCUCAAUUGUGAUGUUUGCUGCAGUUUUCCACUCCCACAAAUGCUUGAUGCUCACAAAAAAUAUGGUGGCAUGGGAACAAUACUGGUUGUCAAGGUUUCUCCAGAAUCAGCCAGCGAAUUUGGGGAAUUGGUAGCUGAUCCAGUCACUAAUGAACUCUUGCAUUACACAGAGAAACCUGAAACUUUUGUUAGUGAUCGUAUAAAUUGUGGUGUGUAUAUAUUUACACCAGAUAUCUUUACUGCCAUUGAGGGUGUUUCUUCUCAGCGGAAAGACAGAGCUAACUUAAGACGUGUCUCCAGUUUUGAAGCAAUGCAGCCAGACUCAAGGAGUCUUACCGCCAAUUAUGUCAGAUUGGAUCAAGAUAUCCUCUCACCUCUUGCAGGGAAGAAACAGUUGUAUAUAUAUGAAACCGUGGAUUUUUGGGAACAAAUCAAAACUCCUGGAAUGUCCAUAAAAUGUUCGGCCUUGUAUCUUUCGCAAUUUCGUCACACAGCCCCCCACCUAUUAGAAAAUGGAGAUGGUAUUAAGAAAGCCUGCAUCAUUGGUGAUGUUUAUAUUCACCCAUCAGCAAAAGUGCAUCCGUCUGCAAAGAUUGGUCCUGGCGUAUCAAUAUCAGCAAAUGCUCGUAUAGGAGCUGGUGCAAGGCUCAUAAAUUGUAUAGUCCUUGAUGAUGUCGAAAUCAAGGAGAAUGCUGUUGUUAUUCAUGCAAUUGUUGGAUGGAAAUCCUCCAUUGGACGAUGGGCCCGUGUCCAGGGUCGUGGAGAUUACAAUGCAAAACUUGGGGUCACUAUUCUUGGUGAAUCUGUUGCUGUUGAGGAUGAGGUAGUGGUUAUUAAUAGCACUGUCCUUCCACACAAGACCUUAAAUGUCGGCGUUCAAGAUGAGAUUAUAUUAUAGAACACGUCCUCUGCUCCUACUGUUGGAUUUUUAUUUUCCAUGUAUUUACAAUGUGUUUAGUAUCUAGUUUAGAAGUCAAAAAACGUGUAAAUUGUUCAUUUUGUCGCAAUGUUUGAACCACAGUAUUUAUUGUUGUAUAAACACGUUGUGCUGCUAUAUUAAUACUUAAAAGAAAUAAAGUAUUUCAAAUAUCAUGUUUCAA